AGUUAAUUUACAAUACAGUUUUUACAGUGCAUAUUUAUACUUGCUGUGUUGCAGGAAUCAUGAGAACCAAUUAAUUAAUCAUUAAUAUAAAACUGACCGUGAUUCGUGCUUGAAUAUUCAGACGUGCAAAUGAGAUUUAAGGGGUUUGAUGGAGGAGAGGAUAUUCUGUGUGAUGUGAAAUAUGUAUCUAAUUUCAGUCUGUUUGUUACACAUAGCAAACGUAUGACUUCAGACUUCAGACCUCAAAUAGAGUGUAUAUGAGUCAUAGGGAUCUUUUUUUUUUUUGGUGUCUUUUAGAGCUUGACAGCCACUGGUAGCAGAUUGAUAGCUGUCAUACAGUAUUUUGUAUGGAAAAGAACAGCUUUUUCCAUGGAGGAAAAAAGUCAUGUUUGGAACGACAUGAAAGUGACCAAAUGAUGGUCGAAUUGUCAUUUUAUGACCAGACACAUCUGCGGGGUCAUAUCCUCCCAGGAUCAGUAGCAACAUUUCAGUCUGUUCUAUUAUUGUGGAGACACUCAUCCCAUCAUUGUGGCGCUCUGACAUUUUCAUGUUGAUUUGAAUUUCCUUUCGGCUCUGCAGAUUUUCAAAGACAUGCCAGUGUCUGGAGGAGGGCAGGGCAACUCCCAGCCUAACCUGCCCAGACGGAGGAGUGCAGACAGCAAGGCCCCGUCCUGCAGCGAGAGACCCCUCACUCUUUUCCACACCCCCUCAUUUUCAGAGAAAGACAAAGCAGUGGAGAAGAGGAACAGUGUGGUUGUAAACUCCAGUGCAGACUUGUCAUCAGUAAAUUGCAACAGCACACUCAGUUGCACUCGACUCGACAGCGUACCCACUGGAGACGGAGACCACGAUGGGCUUCAGCUGCCCAAGCAGAGGCGGCCUAAUUCACUUCAAAAUCCAAAGGUUCUCAGCAGUAUGUCGACAGGUCAAAAUCCAAAGGUUCUCAGCAGUAUGUCAACAGGCCCGGCUUCACCCAGUCCCACCUCACCUCGCUCCCCCUCAUGGCCGACGUUCUCUGCCCCCUCCAGCCCCUCCAGCGAAUCCUCCCCCGUCAGUCCUCCGCCACGAAAGGCACGUGCACUAUACGCCUGCAAGGCUGAACAUGACUCAGAGCUGUCCUUUAUCGCAGGCACCGUUCUCGAGAACGUGCAUCCCUCAAGAGAACCAGGCUGGCUGGAGGGCACGCUGGACGGGAAGACGGGGUUAAUUCCGGAGAACUACGUGGAGUUUGUCUAGCUGGAAGUCAGUGAGAGCGGUGCCACACAGAGACCGCUUUUGAAACAACUGAACUUCGACAGAAAAGCCGAGUUCAUAUGCCUGUGUGAUAGUAUGGGUUUUUUGGCAAUCCCCUAGCGCUUGUUCCACGCAUCCCACAAUGCAUUCCCGCUGUUUAAGACAAAGUUCAACACAAGAUAAAAGGGAAAAAAAUAAAUAAAAAACCCGGGACCAAGUUGUUGCUGCUAUCUCGGCCGCAAUCAAGAAAUUGUGUAUUUAGGGGCUCAUUAUUAAUUAUGGAUUUAUUUUUAUUACUAAUAAAUAAUGCUUUUAUACGUGAGCACUUCCCGGUUCACCAUGAUGUAAACUCUGUGUGGUUUCUGUGCAGACUGGGGCUUUUUGAAUGUCUUUUGUGUCCUUCAGGUUUUGUUUAGAACUGCUAAGAGAUGACUGUUAAUUAUGGGAAAGAAAACUCUUGCACUCUUUUGUAUAUCAGGAAGCAUUUAAAAAAAAUCUGAAUUUUUUUUUUCUCCUUUCUUAGCAUGCAAGUGGAAAAGUGUAAAUUAUUUCUUAAUGUGAAUUAACAUCGUAUGUAAACCACUCGUAUUUAAGCAUCAUCUCUGACGAGAUUUGUGUUCGUUUGGAGUGUAUUAACAUUGUAAAUAAGUGAUGAGGUAUAAUUUUUUGUAAAUGUGAAUUAUAUAUAUUUUUAUUGUAGCACACUAACUUAAUUUUUUGAUAGCCCAAUUGAUCUUUUUACUUUUUUUUUUUUUAAAUUAUGUUAAAUUUUCUGAGCCUUAAUAUUCUUUAGGAUUUCAAAUAAAUAAAUAAAUAGUUCAGUUUCUUUUCUUUUUCUAUUAAAUAAAAAUGUUAAUCAAAUCUUGGUUUAAUAGGAGUAUGUUUGGUACAGAUGAACUAUUGUAUAAAUCUAUCUUUUUCAUCUGUGUCCAAGUGUAGCUUUGUGUCAACAUUCAGAUACAACGGGAAAAAUAGCAACUCAGCACAAUGAUUUCACAGUAUAACAAAGACGCUACCCGCCCUCUGAACAAAUUCUGUCCAACAUUUAAUCAAAUAUGUGUAAAGAUCGACAUUGACUACAGGAGAGGUGUAAUACAGAAGUCAUACAAAACUAUUUUUUCAAACAAACAGACAUUUUAUAUCCUUUACAUUGGAUUAUUUUACAUAUAACUGAAAUGCAAACAAAACAAAACCAAAAAGACUUUAAUGAAAGCCAUAUACCAGUAAUAUAUGAUUUGCCCUUAAUCUUUAAAGAUAGUAUCUGCAUGAAUUUUUGUACAAAAUAUACUAUGUCAGGCCAGUAUUAGGGUAGUGCAAUUUCUCAGGCUCGGAUACGUUACACACACAGCUUUAUUUAUAUUUUUUCUAGUUCAUUUUA